GUUAGCCGUUGUUCUGUUAUACUCUGCGAACCGAACAGAGUAUUUUUUGGAUUUUACUUGCAUAAUUUAUAUAUUUAUUACAGAUUACUGGAAUGAACACGGCCGUCGCAAUUCUGUUCUUUUUUGCAGCGGGAUUAAGUUUACUUGAAGCAGCAAACCCCUGCUGUUCACUCCCCUGUCAGAACCGGGGAGUCUGCAUGACGAGAGUGGAAAGCUACGAAUGUGACUGCACCGGCACAGGCUACUACGGCGAGAACUGCACCUCUCCUGAAUUCUUAACCAGGAUUAAAUUGGCUUUGAAGCCCAGUCCGAACACCGUGCAUUACUUUCUCACACACUUCAAGGGCUUCUGGAAUAUUAUCAACAACAUUCCCGUUCUAAGAAACUUCAUCAUGAGAUAUGUUUUAACAUCUCGAGCGCACCUCAUCGACAGCCCUCCGACCUACAAUGCUCAUUAUGGAUACAAAAGCUGGGAAGCCUAUUCCAAUCUGUCCUACUACACGCGAUGCCUUCCACCAGUUCCUACUGACUGUCCAACACCAAUGGGCACUGCAGGAAAGAAAUCACUGCCUGAUGUCAAAAUGAUUGUGGAGAAAUUCUUGCUGAGAAGAAAGUUCAUCCCUGAUCCACAAGGAACUAACCUCAUGUUUGCCUUCUUCGCUCAACACUUCACCCACCAGUUUUUUAAGACCGACCAGAAGAAGGGUCCCGCUUUUACUCGGGGUUUAGGCCAUGGGGUUGACCUGAGCAAUAUAUAUGGAGACAAUAUUGACAGACAGAACAAACUUAGACUUUUCAAAGAUGGAAAACUAAAAUACCAGAUGAUUGAUGGUGAAAUGUACCCACCUUUGGUGAAAGAUGUUGAGGUGGAAAUGCAUUAUCCUCCCCAUGUCCCACAGCAUGAACGGUUUGCUGUAGGCCAUGAAGCUUUUGGACUGGUCCCAGGGCUCAUGAUGUAUGCCACCAUCUGGCUGAGAGAGCAUAACUAUGUAUGUGAUGUUCUGAAAAAGGAGCAUCCUGAGUGGGACGAUGAACAGCUGUUUCAGACUACCAGGCUCAUCCUGAUUGGUGAGACAAUCAAGAUUGUAAUUGAAGAUUAUGUUCAACACUUAAGCGGCUAUCACUUUAAGUUGAAAUUUGACCCAGAACUCCUGUUCAGUAAGCGUUUCCAGUACCAGAAUCGCAUUGCUUCAGAGUUCAACACCUUGUAUCACUGGCACCCACUGCUCCCUGACUCCUUCCUAAUUCAGGACCGUGAAUACAGCUAUCAGCAGUUCAUGUUUAACAACUCGGUGUUAAUGCAGCAUGGCAUCAGCAACAUGGUGGAGUCUUUCUCCAAGCAGGUUGCUGGCAGGGUUGCUGGUGGCAGAAAUCUUCACCCUGCAGUGAUGAAAGUGGCAAUGGCAUCAAUCGAGCAGAGCCGACAGAUGAGAUACCAGUCCCUGAAUGAAUACAGGAAAAGAUUUACCAUGAAACCAUAUACAUCUUUUGAAGAACUCACAGGUGAAAAAGAAAUGGCUGCAGAGCUGAAAGAGUUAUAUGGAGAUAUUAAUGCAAUGGAAUUCUAUCCAGCAUUACUGAUCGAGAAGCCAAGACCUAACGCCAUCUUUGGUGAGACCAUGGUUGAAAUGGGAGCCCCCUUUUCUCUAAAAGGUCUCAUGGGCAAUCCUAUCUGUUCUCCUGAAUAUUGGAAGCCUAGCACGUUUGGUGGGAAAGUUGGUUUUGACCUUGUGAACAGUGCCUCUCUGCAGAAGCUUGUAUGCCGGAAUGUCAGGGGACCAUGCCCACUUGCAUCCUUUCAUGUGCCUCAACCCGAACACACUGAAUCAGUGACUAUCAAUGCAAGUAGAGCCAAUGCUCGGCAAAGUGAUGUGAACCCCACUAUGCUCCUGAAAGAACGGACUUCUGAACUUUGAAAACUGGGAUACUUACAGAGUCUGACUUUCUAUGUUAAAACAGAAUAGUAUUUAAUUAUAUACAUAAUUUAUGAAAAGGAUCUGUUUCCUAUUUAUUUCUAUGACACUGAACAAGAAUAUGUUAAAUAUUUAUUACUUAAUGCAAAUUUCUAUUUAUUUAUUUAUAUAUUUAUUGUUGGUAUGAACAUUUUGACUGUUUUAAUUUAAUUAUCUACUUCUGAAAUAAUAAUAAUGAAAACAAAUCUCUUCCUUGGUUAUAUAUUUGAAGAUGGUAAAUAAAACAUCUCAUGUAAUUCAUGGGCUUGAAUCCUGUUUCAGGUGGCUUUACACCUGCUGCUGCUCAGUUGUCCUCUUGUCUUGCACUCUCAAUUGAAACCAGGAAAUUUGAAAAAUAUAAAAUCCAACUGAUUUUAUGGCUCUUUUUUAUGAAUUUAUUUAAAAUUUUCUUUUAAGAAAUUUCUUGUCAGAUUCAUCAUUCACAUGGCAGUAAAUGAAUGUAUAUUUUUUGUUUCCUGAUAAAGCUAUUGAGAAGAUAAGAGCUCAAAAAUAUGUUUGUCGG